AUGCCUCAAGCGAUGAGCAUCUCUGCACCACAAUUUUUGCUAGUAACUAUGGACUCAUCAUACUCAGGACUCGUGGCCCAAGUCGCGUCUCUCCCUCCACCGCCACAAAUACUUCUCUUCGGAGACUCCAUUACACAAGGCGCAUUCUCACUUCAAAUUGAGCUGACAAAACGGUACAUGCGUCGCCUCGAUGUUCUGAACCGCGGUUUCGGUGGAUACAACACCAACUCGGCCUUAACUCUCCUCCCAUCAUUCUUCUCAGCAGUGGUCCCCUCGAAAACUGUGCCUCGCGUUGCAGUUAUGACGGUACACUUUGGCGCCAACGACUCUUGCAGUCCUGGCGAGCCUCAGCACUGUGAUCUCGAAACGUUCAAGUCGAAUAUCAGGCGUAUCCUAGACUGGGAGGGUGUGAGGCUUCAUGAAACAAAAGUCAUUCUUGUUACGCCCUCUCCAGUUGAAGAGUAUCGGCUACCACACGACGGAAAGGGCAGGGCAGAAAGAGUAGCCAUGUAUGCACAAAUGAUUCGGGAUAUCGGCGAGAGUGAAAACGUUCCUGUUGUUGACCUUUGGACUGCUAUGAUGCGUACAACUGGUUGGAAAGAAGGGGACAUUCUGCGUGGGUCUUUAAAAACGGUGCCGAGUGUUGAACUGGGGCGGCUUUUCUAUGACGGUCUUCAUUUGAAUCAGGAUGGUUAUGAAAUCUACAUACAAGAGCUUUUGCGUGUUUUGGAAGCGGAAGUUCCAGAGUGUAGAGUACUUGAGACUGAUGAGUGGUAUCCUGAAUGGAUUAAGUUUCAUCCACCGGCAGAGACCAAGGUUGAGACGAAUGGCUGCUGA